GUGUGAAUCUGCAUCCGGUCUUGCUACGUAUUGUUCACAUCGCUCGGCCACGCGUAAGGCUCGUCCUCGAGCCGUCUGCAACGCUUGAACACUGCAGUAGCACAUAGGAAUACAGCUCCCUUCUACUUAUAAACUCAGAAACCAAAUAAGUCUCUUAAGUAGAAUCGUGUCCCGUGUAGACAAGCGCAUAAUGGAAAGGAAGAUCGAAUGCCACCUUUGACGAUGGCCGAUAGAAUCCGAUUCUUCUGCUAGCUCCAAGGUUGUUUGUCUAUAUUUGUUUCCUCUGUGCGUGACGCCUCCAUGUCAACCAUACGAAGGUGUUCUCAAGGAUAAUUGGCGUCGUGCGAUCGGUAUGGACACCGCAUAUUAACAAAGUUCACUGCACGUGAGUAGGAAAAUGUAAAAGCGUUGUUGAUGAGCACGUGCGAUGGCGAGCAAGGAGCUAACCACCCUGGCGGGGCCCACGACUGAGGCUCCAACGCACGCCCAUGCCAGCCCACCCUGGCCAGCAUCCCCAGCCACUAUUUACACCUCCACGGCCGCCCAUGACAACACCACCACUGCGAAACCACCCACGGAAGAGGAUGGCUUCUGCAAACUCAUACUCUACAUGGAGAUUGGAGACUCCAGGGUGCGAGUAUGGGACCUUUUGCUGUUGUUGCCCACUGUCCUUUUUCUAAUAGGCCUCCUCAUCAAAAUCAACAGUGCAAGACUCAAACUGCGUGCUGUCCACAGCCCUAUAUAUGCUACCUUUUAUGGUCUGAUUUGGCUAAACACUUUGGUGUCUGUUACGAGAUGUGUUGUGUCCAUGACUGUUAAUGCAGCCACCCCAUCGGGAGAUGUAGCUAACAAGCUGUUGUAUGUCAUCGUUCGUUUCUUUUUAUUAGCUACUGAGAUGAGUGUUGUCGUCUUUGCCGUCUUUUUUGGACACUUAGACAACAAGACCAGCAUCAGGCGUGUCCUGGUGGUCACCUCGAUGAUUGCCCUGCCGUACUCUGUGGUGCAAGGGGCGCUGGAGGUCCUCACGCCAGACCAAGACUUCUAUGUUCCUGCCAAGGACUACGACCUCUUUGGUCACGGUGGAUCGCUCUUCUGGAUGAUAUCAUCCAUUGUCUUUACGCUGAUCUACUCAUUCAUCUUGGUGUUGAGACUUGACUGGCUGAGAAAGCGUUUCUUAUUCCUUCUGUGGAUGCCAAUGAAACGUGCCUUUUACGUGUACCUUGGGUUCCUAGCUGGUCUUAACCUAAUCCAGAGCAUUGGGAGUGGCCUCUACCAUGCUCAUAUUGCUGUGGGUUUGUGCCUAGUCAAUGCCACCACCUGGACUUACUUUUCCCUCCUGACACCCCUUAUAUACUACACAUUCAUAUCAGAAUUCUUUGGUCAGAAAAGUCGGGAGCAAGUUGAGAACAUUGUUUUCUCAUAUAAGUCUGAAGACGAUGAGGACACCAGUUCCCUGCCUCUUCCAGGUGCUGAGUUUCCACAGCAAAAUAUUUACCAGUCUGGAAGUGCUCCAUACAGCAGCCUGUCAGAAGAGGUUGGGAGUGAUGGCCAGACUCCAGUUAAUCCCUUAUACUCCGCUUCCCUCCAGAGCCCAGACUCCAUCACUGGAUAUUCCAUCAACUCCGUCGAUGAUAUUACUAUUAAUGCUUAUAAUAAGUCUCAGGCACAGUGAAACUGGUCAUAAUCAAUGUAAAGUGUGCAGAUUUGCAUCAGUAGACCAGAAUAUUUGGUCUUAAAUGUAUGUGAUGUUACUCUACAAUCCAAAGACUUUGAUAAGGACACAUUGGAAGAACAAUGUUGAAAACUUUGUUUUAAUUGUGUAAAUGAACGAAUGGUGUCUAUUUUAAUUGUGGAAGUGACUGAAUGAAUUGUCUUAAUUUAGUAAGGGAAUAACUGAGUUUGUGUAUGUAAAUGAAUUUGUGGGAGAGAGCAUUUAAUGUAGUGAAUGACUGAAUGAAUAAGUGAACAAUCAUUAUUAUUAUUAUUUUUUUUUUUUGUGUGUGUGUGUGUGUGUGUGUAAGUAUUUGAAUUUGUUGGUGGAUAUGUGUGUGUAUGUAUGAGUUUGUGGACAUGUGCCUGUGUAUAUGUAUAUAUGUGUUUGUUUAUUGUGCACAUAUUUGUACAUGGGUAUGCAUGUAUAUGUGUACAAGCAUAUGGUUUCACAUAUAUAUGUGUGUAUGAUUAUGUGUUUACAUUUUUUCAACUCAAGCACACAUACACACAUAUAUAUUAUACAGUAUAUAUAUUGUAUAUACUUCAUCAACUUCCAUCUCCAUUAUUGUCUUCAGAAGUUGCAGUAUAAAGGUUAUUUUGUACAUUGAAUGUGAAAUUACAUUUUUUAUUAUUAUGAUUUCUUGUAACCUUUCAUAUUAACUGUGAUCCAUCCAUAUUUCAGAAUUAUAUUUGUGUUAUAAUGUUACAGGUAAUUAUUAUUAUUAUUACUGUUAUAUACAUUUCAGUCUAGUUUUAUGUUUUCUGACCAUGUUUCUCACAUAUCUCUGUCUAGGUAUGAAGAAAACUACUUUUGAGCUUGUUAGAGAUUUAUACUCAUUAAUUCACAUAGGGAUUCUGUGGUUACUACAAAAUUGAGUCGGUUUUGUUCAGUAAUGUGAACACUUAUUUUAUUUAAAAUGUUGUGUGUUUAGAAUUAUUCUGUAUAUGUAGAAUUCUAAUGAGCAGUGAAGUCAGUUUCUUUGAUUAACAUUGGGAAAAUUAUUAUUUCAUUUUUAGUGGGAACCUUGAAAGAAAAUAGGUUAGUAGAUUGAAAAAUUUGCGACAAAGCACAGGCAAUAUAUACUUGUAUAUUACUUACUAACUUAAAAUUUUUGUUAAUCAUUAUAUAUUAAUAUGUAACUACUCGGAUGGUUGUUCUAUAUAAAAUCAUAGGACUUCAUUCCACGUUGUGUAUAUCUUUUAUUUUUUCUUUUGCUAGUCUCUCUUACACACAUACAAUUAUUAUGUGUGUAUGUAUGAACAUGCAUACACACACACACACCACUCUUGCACAUGCAUACCCACACUCACACUCAUACUCACAAUCACAAUGACACUGAUACUCAUACUUAUUCACUUACUCACACAUUUAUAACUCAGUCACCACCUACUCACCAGCUCACUCAUUACUCAAUUUAUUCAUGCUCACACACCAACUCACAUGUACUCACUCACUCAUUCACUCACUCACUCACUCACUCACUCACUCACUCACUCACUCACUCACUCACUCACUCACUCACUCACUCACUCA